AUCGCUUUUAGUUCCGUACCGCCCUAAGAAGACUAAGCACAUGAUUUUCGUCGUCUCUUUAUAAGCUAUAAUACAAGUGAAAUAAUUUGUGAUAUUUAGUUUUAGUGUGCCAAAAUAGAAAAAUGGAUGACGACCAGCAAUUUUGUUUACGAUGGAACAACCAUCAAUCCACGUUGGUAGCCGUAUUUGACACAUUAUUGGAAAACGGCACUUUAGUUGACUGUACUUUGGCAGCAGAAGGAAAAUGCCUCAACGCUCACAAAGUAGUUCUAUCGGCGUGUAGUCCAUAUUUUGAAGCGUUACUGUCAAAGCAUUUCGACAAACACCCAAUUCUCAUCCUGAAAGAUGUGAAAUUCCAAGAACUGAAAGCGAUGAUGGACUAUAUGUAUAGGGGGGAAGUGAACAUAUCUCAAGAUCAAUUAGGAGCGUUAUUAAAAGCGGCGGAAUCAUUGCAAAUUAAAGGAUUAUCUGACAAUAGGAAAGGUGAGACAAGUGAUAGGAAACCCACGCCAGCCGCACCUCCACCGAAAAGUCCGCAACCGGCCUCUACCCUACCUAAGGUACAGGGUCUUACAAUAGAGCAAAGAGCUCGGGAAGAUUCCAGAGAAGGAAGUAUGUCGCCAGGUCCUCGAAAAAAGAAAAGGUUGAGGCGAAAGAGUGAAGAAUUAGAUAAUCACGAUGCCUCUAAUUCUUCCGAAUCUCACAGUUUACCCGCCCAAAGCAUUCCUAUGUUACCUGCAAUUACGAAAAUGAACGCCGACGUGCCUGACCAAGUAGAAACAAAAUCCGAGAUACUCACGAGGCAUAAACAGAUAGAAGAUACAAUCCCCCAAGUUCCUAUUAUAAAAGAAAAGAUCGAAACGCAUACAGAACUGAUGUUGGAACCAAAGUCUGAAUAUGUAGAUGAAAUGAACGAGGACAGUAUCGAGGAUUUAACGCUAGAUGAUGACGAUUUAAGUAACAUGGAACAAGUUGACGAUCAAGCAGGACCUAGUCAUGGAGCGGGAGAAGGAUCAAGUCAAGGUUUUGGAGGUUGGCAUAUGGGUAAUCAAAGUCAGGAUGAAGUAUUUUUAGCCGCACAAGAGGCGGUAGGUGCACAUCGAGACUCACAAGCUGAAGAUCUAAGAGUUAAAAAACCCGGUUGGGAGGAUUGGCCAUCACAUUUGGUCCUUCCCAUGAUGAUAAUGCGCGAAAAUAUGACGCAAUCCAUGCUACAAACGUUAAAUCGAAAUACUCUAGACCUCUCUCUGAAUUCCAAACCGAAAAAUAGACCUUCAAUCGUAUCGACCGUUGGCGGUUUCGUUUGCGGAGAUUGUGGACGAACAUAUAAACUGAAAAGUUCCUUGCGCAAUCAUCAGAAAUGGGAAUGUGGGAAAGAGCCGCAGUUCAAAUGCCCUUUUUGCGUUUACAAAGCUAAACAAAAGAUGCAUAUGGCAAGACAUAUGGAAAGAAUGCAUAGAGAUGUCGAUUAUGCGGCCGUUAAAACUGAAAUUAAAAGCGAAAAUGACAAUCCAAGUAAUUCUGAUACUGUUGGAGAAAGUAGAAUGGAGAUUAGCAAUGACAGCAAAAGUUGUAGUAAUAUGUAGAACUCUACAGGAUAUUUUACAUAUUUAUCGGAUUCAUUUUUUGUUCACCUGUAUUGAAAUCGAGUAAUAAUGAAACAAUAGAAAACAAAAUAUAAAUGUGUACAUUAAAAUAACAAAAUAUCGUUUGUUACCUCAAUUUAUUUGUUAAAUAUUUAUUAUAAAUUUAUUACAGUUGUAGAUAAAUUUUUGUCUACAAUUCUUAAAACCCAUUGACGAAAACUGGUUAAAUAGUAUAAUUCAGUGAUUCCUUUUGAAUAUUAUCCAUUCCUCUUUUUAUAUAUGAAACAUCACUCAAUAAGUCGUGUGACUAACUAAAAAAAAAAAACACUUUUUCUAUCAAAAAUCGAUUUUUUUCAUCAAUAUAAUCUUUUUCAAAAGCAGUACAAUCAUUCCAAUGAAUCUCUAACAUCUCUAAUUUGUCUUUUGCCUCAAAAUAGUUCAGAUCUGGACUAUAUGGUUGAUGAGGAAGCAAUUCAAAGUGUAAUUCGUUCAAUUCAACCAUCGUUGGUGAAACAGCGGUUUUUUCUUCGACAUAUGAGGCCGGUUUUCUUUGAUUUUUGUAUUCGCUAUUAAUUGGAGAUAUCCGAUUAGCAAUAUUCCAUGCGCAGCUCAAAAUAAUGAGGCCAUAACCUUUCCUGCUGACCGUUGUGCCUUUCGACGUUUCGGACGUGGUCCACCCACCCAGAUUUUGAUCAUUUUGAUUCCGGAAUUGAGUGAUUGAUUCAUGUUUCAUCCGUUGUCACAUAUCGAGGCAAAAAUCUGAUUUAUUACACGUAAACUGUCUCAUCAACACAAUGUUGUUUUUGAUCGACUGGAAGUAAACGUGGCACACACUUUGAAAGAAGUUUUCUGGAGUAUUUACCUCAAUUAGACAAUCAAAACGUUCACCAUCAUCGAUGUCUUUACGGCCACUUUUACAUUCAGCAAACCAAUGGUUCUUUUGAAGCCAUUACUGAGCUGGUACAGCAUUUCUUUCAUCGAGAAGCAAUGAUAAAUUAAUCCAUUAAUUAAUUAAUCCACUUUUUUCUGAAUAAUCGGAAUGUCAUCAAUGUCUUUUGGAAGCUCCAUCUGCGUGUCAGUCACGCGACUUGACAUUGAGUGAUGUUAUAUGUACUACAUUCCAUUAGUAUUUUAUAAUUUCCUCAGAACUGCCAUUAACAAUAUUCACAAGGUAUUGCAAAUACAAACUGCGCCUUAUCAAAUAUUCUUGUCUCUUGAUUCUUACCAACAUCUUGUUACUUGAAUACAUCUUCUAAAUAUCCUUUAGCAACUAUUAUACUUUUUUAUACUUAUACUCAAAUAAUGAAUAAUUUCUUCGAAUUUGGGAUAAAAAGUCACUAGGGGAUAAACUCGGGGAAUAGGAUGGGUGAGGUAACAAUUUUUGUGCCCUCACCAUAUCUCGGUGUAAGUUUGUGGAAACAGUUGAUAAAAUAUAUGACAAUUGUUAUUAGAAGCUUUUUUAGAGUUCCAUAACGUAUUUCAAAAUUAAACCAAUACGUAUCCACGUGGAUACACCAAGUUUUCACUUUAUUAUAGCGGUUAAAAAUAGAUUUAAAUAUUGUUUGAAAUAAUCUAUUACCACGCAGUUUUUGCAAUACCUUGCGACAUAAUUCAACGAUAUUUCAAUGAAGCUGAUUUAAUUUCAAUUUCCGAAUGAUGUAUACAAGGUAUUUACGAAAUUUUGAACGUUUUAUUUGGAAAAUACCACAGUAAGUUUUUGGAGGAAAAAUUCUUUAUGUAAAAUUGAAAUUUUAUCAUAGAAUCUUAGUUUUAUUGAAUUAAUCGUAUUUUCUGUAAUAGCCAUUAUAUUUAUUUUGAAUACUCACCAGUGUACGCCUCACGAUAUAUUGUGAUACCGAAAUAUAAAAGACAGUUUAGUAUUACUUGUACGCAAAUCCGCGUGUUAUUUUUUUGUGGUAUACUUUUAUGAAUGAUAAAUACUGCCAGUAUCAUGAUUCGUAUCAACCGAUAAUUUAUAAUUUGUUUACCAUAUCUCAGUUUUUUUUUUUUUUGUAUUUUGUUGAUAUGAAGAUGUGGGAAAUAUAUAACUAAUUCUCAUUUGUAAAAAUACAAAACUAGAAACCUCAUUUCAAUAGCAAUAACACGGGAUAACUGGGAAAGUAAUAUCGAGGAGGAAAAUUUAAUUAUUCCUUUGGCGAUGUAAGUCAGUAGCACUUUUUCCCGAACAAUUUUUUUUAUAAAUAUCUAUUUUUUUAAGUUCAUGGAUAACCUAAAAGGUAUUAAUUCAGUUAUUAAUGAUCGGCAUGUUUUUUUUGUUGUUGUAUAUGUGUAUGGAUUUGAGGUCUUGUGUGCACUGCGACCCAAAGGAUUUAUUCUAUCCCCCUUUCUUGUUGCGAUACUGUGGAAUCCAGUGUUUAUAGUUGAUCCAUUAAUUCCCUUCCUUUUAAAAAGUCUAGAAUAUGAGAUAGUUUUAAUUGCCCGAGAUCUUCGUCUUCUAUUUCAUAUGCACCCAGGUGUAGUACUCUGCAAUUCCAACAAAACCUGCACGCCGCAUUUUCUGCCAGUUCUAGCGUCUUCAGGUAUUUGUUGAGGCGACAUUGCCCCAAUAGAACUACUUAGGUUGCAACAUUCAGCAUAUCUACUCUGGUUAUAGUUGUUCAGAAGAAUCUUUGCUUGUCCCAGCCCUUGUAGGUUGUCCCAAUAAUUCGUUUUGCUCCUAUCCAGUGUUUUUUUCCAUCGCUCUGUACCUGAUACCACAGAAGAUUACAGAUCCCGUGAAGGACUUGUCUGCCUCCGCUUUAGGUGUGUCCGGGAAUCCGUUGUAGGCUAAUUUUAUUUUUCUUGUCUAGCUCGUUUAAUUUUUCUAGGCAAUCCCAAACAAGAUUUUAUGAUAUUGGAACUUAGAGCUGACUAUAGGAUAGUUCCUUUCUAGAUUGAACCGAACACUUUUUUCAAUUGCAUAAAUUUCUGCUUGAAAAAUACUUAGUGCGUUGCCCAAACUUUCAGAGUGUUUGGUUCUGGGCCCCUACACUCAUAUUCCAGUUUCAUCUACUGUUUUUCAUCCAUCCGUUUACCAUUUAAUGGCAUUUCUGUUCAUUUCUUGUAUGUGUUUUGGUCCCAUUUGUAAUUUUUUUCGAUGUGACGUCCUGAGGCAUGUUUCAGGGUUGGUUUUUUCUGUUACGAGUUUGAUAUUGUAUAAACAUUCUAUACAACAAAUUUUGUGAUUUAAUAUUGAUCUAAACAAUACGAAUAUCCACGCAAAUUAUUGGUUGCUCACAAAAUUUGUUAAAACCAAACAUAAAAAGGUUUUUUGUUUAAUAAUUUUCUUAUAACUUCCAUGAAUUGACUGUCAUUUUGAAUUUUUCACAAUAAACUGAGUAAUAUACAUCAUUUUUCAUCUUCGUAUCAACAAAAACUUUUUUUCAAUAAAAGCCGAUGUACAGUGUGUUCAUAAAGUGAUGUAAUAAUAAUUCAGAAGUGAGUUAAUUAGAAAGAUCCCUCAUUACAUUGGAAUAUUUCAUUAUAGAUACAAUACAAGACAUUUCAGGACAAUUAAUGACUGAAAAACCUAUUACUUUAUAACCAAUAAUGUUUUAUCUAUAACUAUGAGAAAAAACACUCAAUGUAUUAUCGAUUUUUGUCAACAUUAUAAUUAUAUUCAAUAGUAAUAUUUCAACAUCUAUCAAUAUUCUUGUCAUUUAUGAUGUCAUCGAUGUAACCUUCAGUAAUUGCGAUUAGGCAUUAUGUAUUCAUUAUUUUGAUAACUUGGAAGUAACGAGUUUGAUUUUCGUAAAAAUACCUGACGCAGGAAACGAUCUAUGGAUAAAGAGAGAAGCUUGAUGAUGAUGACCCUGAUAUAGGAACGAUUUUCCUCUGAAGUAAUUAGAUAAGGAUGGUUUAUUUUCGUGUGAGACCUGCUCUUAGUGCGAGCUAUUUUCUAUAUCUUCAGUUUUCAUAAAAUGUUACUUAGGUUCUCAUUCAAAUCAUCUAUAACGGAAUUUGUACAAAAUAUUUAUGAAAUAUUUCCAAAUUUCUUCAUACAAUUGGAAAUAGAAAUCUGCUGAAUCACCUAGAGGUGCCGUGGGUACUACAUGAUGAUGAUGAAUAGAAAUAUAAAAAUUAGCACGUUACGAUACUUUAUGAACACACUAUAUUAAUUUAAUCAUAUUAUUAAUACUCAAUAUAUCAUUAUGGCAAUGUUGGCAAGUUCUCGGACUCAUCAACAUCUUUUUUGUGUCAUUAACUCCCACUAUUCUUAAUUAUUAAUGUAUUUUAUUUUCUUUUCUUUCUAGAUUGUUUGUCAUAAAGAAAUACCGAAUAGAAAUUAAUUUUGUUUUAUAUUUUGUAUCGUUUUAUGAUCCCAAUGUUUCAUUUCGUAAUUAAAAACUAUUAUUAGUGCGUUCUAUAAUUGUAAGAUCUCAACUUGAAAUGUUUCUCAACAUUCUUCAGCUUACUCUUUUUAGGAAUAAUUUACGUGCUCCGAUUUAAUCGCUCUCUAACCUCACUAAUUUUUAAUUUUGAUUACAACAGCAAUUAUUUUGAUUAUAACAUUGUUCCUAUUAAAGAAAAACGUUGUUCCUAUUGUUCAGAUGUAUCAGAACAAGUAUUACCACGAUAUUAUUGUGAUAGGAUUAUAAUAUAUACAAUUUUUUGACCAGUGCCUUCUCAUUAAAUCUUACUUACUUCCAAAAAAUACGUUGCAUUCGAUACGUAGUUUUUAGAAGUAAUUCGAUUUUUUCUUUAACCUUAUAAUAAGAAAAACUUUUUAUAAAUACGCAUUGAUCUUAUUGACUCAGUGAUAAAAUUCCAUUACUUGAAGGAUGUGGAUAUAAAUAAGAUAUUUAGUUUUUAAUCGAAGAGCGACCUGAAUCAAAUUUAAACAUGAACGCAAUUAUUGUUAAUUGAAUAAGAGACACUGUUAUCUUGAUUAGAUAUCAUGCAAUCAUUUAAAAUAUCUAAAAUCCUGCAACUUAACGUUUUCAGGAGUUGCUUAUUGCUCCGACUGGAUCAGUCGGAUUCAGCAACGUCUGAAAAUGCAACGAAACGUAGUAGAAACAAACACUUUUUGGCAUAUGCAUUUGUUAAGUGUUGAAUGCCUUAGAAUACUGAAAAUUGAACAAAGUACAAAUUCAGAAUGAUAAAACAAAAGAUACUCAUCGAUGAAAAUCGCAUUCGAAUGCUUAAAUGUCCUUAUUUUCUACUUAAAAAUCACCUGGAUCUUUAUUAUUGUUGAGAUCCAUACAGAAACACCUCUAACAUUAAAAAAUCAUCUUCCGACGAUUCUGCAGAUAUUAUUCUAGUCCUAGUUUCCUCGAACGAACUUAUGUUGAGUCUCAUCAUCUCCAUUAUCCUUCGGUCUUCAUAUUGAUAUUCAAAGAACACCGAAUUACAUCGAGUACAUUUUCUGGAUUGUUCGGUGUCAAGGAAAACCACGUUGUACUGACAUUUCUCAGAUAAUUGUUAUCGUUGUUUAUUUCCAAUGUUUUAUUAUAACUUUAACCAUCACCAUGGUUCUUGUUACUAAGUUCUUUCAGUUCCAGUUUCCUGGAACGAACUUACGUUGAGUCUCAUCAUCUCCAUUAUCCUUCGAUCUUCAUAUUGAUAUUCAAAGAACACCGAAUUACAUCGAGUACAUUUUCUGGAUUGUUCGGUGUCAAGGAAAACCACGUUGUACUGACAUUUCUCAGAUAAUUGUUAUCGUUGUUUAUUUCCAAUGUUUUAUUAUAACUUUAACCAUCACCAUGGUUCUUGUUACUAAGUUCUUUCAGUUCCAGUUUCCUGGAACGAACUUACGUUGAGUCUCAUCAUCUCCAUUAUCCUUCGAUCUUCAUAUUGAUAUUCAAAGAACACCGAAUUACAUCGAGUACAUUUUCUGGAUUGUUCGGUGUCAAGGAAAACCACGUUGUACUGACAUUUCUCAGAUAAUUGUUAUCGUUGUUUAUUUCCAAUGUUUUAUUAUAACUUUAACCAUCACCAUGGUUCUUGUUACUUAAGUUCUUUCAGUUCUAGUUUCCUGGAACGAACUUACGUUGAGUCUCAUCAUCUCCAUUAUCCUUCGGUCUUCAUAUUGAUAUUCAAAGAACACCGAAUUACAUCGAGUACAUUUUCUGGAUUUUUCGGUGUCAAGGAAAACCACGUUGUAUUGACAUUUCUCAGAUAAUUGCUAUCGUUGUUUAUUUCCAAUGUUUUAUUAUAACUUUAACCAUCACCAUGGUUCUUGUUACUAAGUUCUUUCAGUUCCAGUUUCCUGGAACGAACUUACGUUGAGUCUCAUCAUCUCCAUUAUCCUUCGAUCUUCAUAUUGAUAUUCAAAGAACACCGAAUUACAUCGAGUACAUUUUCUGGAUUGUUCGGUGUCAAGGAAAACCACGUUGUACGGAUAUUUCUCAGAUAAUUGCUAUCGUUGUUUAUUUCCAAUGUUUUAUUAUAACUUUAACCAUCACCAUGGUUGUUGUUACUUAAGUUCUUUCAGUUCUAGUUUCCUGGAACGAACUUACGUUGAGUCUCAUCAUCUCCAUUAUCCUUCGGUCUUCAUAUUGAUAUUCAAAGAACACCGAAUUACAUCGAGUACAUUUUCUGGAUUGUUCGGUAUCAAGGAAAACCACGUUGUACGGAUAUUUCUCAGAUAAUUGCUAUCGUUGUUUAUUUCCAAUGUUUUAUUAUAACUUUAACCAUCACCAUGGUUCUUGUUACUAAGUUCUUUCAGUUCCAGUUUCCUGGAACGAACUUACGUUGAGUCUCAUCAUCUCCAUUAUCCUUCGAUCUUCAUAUUGAUAUUCAAAGAACACCGAAUUACAUCGAGUACAUUUUCUGGAUUUUUCGGUGUCAAGGAAAACCACGUUGUACUGAAAUAUCUUAUGAAUAAUUUCAAAUAUAUCAAUAUAGUUGCAUAUACAAGGUGAUCUCAAAAUGUAUUCAACUAUACUGUACUUUUAUUGAUUGAAAUGAUGAAACAACGCUAUAUUUGUUUAAUUCAUUAAUUAAUAUUUAAAGUAUUGGUGGAAAGAUUAAUUUGCGUCGGGCUUAGAGGACUUGACGUUAAUAAUAAAAGAUUAAUCUUCCACAUUUGCUUCAUUCUUCUUUGAUUCCAUAUUCCGCUUAUUUCUUCCAAUUAUUCGAAAAAAUGCGCGUGGGAAUCGAUCACUGUGUGCUGUCAACUGUCUCAAAAAGUGUUAUCUAUGGUGCAUUCCACUAAGCACCCACAAAAAUCAUAUUCAUGACCACGGUCUUUCCCGUUCCACUUAGUCCGUAGCGUCAUAAUUGUAAAUCUAAUUGGAAUGAAUCGUGAGACGUUCGAAGCUUUGAUGUGAUAAAGCAGCGAAAAUAAAGCGACAGCUUUAAGAAACUAUCUUAUAUUUCGUAAAUCUUUGAAUUUACAUCUACGUGAAAUCAAAAUGGGGUUCGUCAUAAGAAGGGUCCAGAAAUAACUAACAAUUUCCUUCACCGCAUCAAAUAAUUGGCAUUGUCGUGGUUGUCAUUUUUGUCGUUUUGAAUUUUGAAAGUAAUUUUGAAAAAUCAAAUAGUGUCUCUUUUAUUAAAUUUAAGGUUCUUCAUAGUUUCAUUCAGGUCAUCUUGUACAUAUAGGUAUAGAUUAUAAUUUUCUUGGUUAUUUUUUUAGAUGUUAUUUUUUUAACAGCAAAAUUUUUGCUUUUGAAUAUUUUUAUUAAAUAAGAAAUUAUAUGAUUUUCAUAGAUGAACACGUCUUCGUGAUACGAGUUUAAAUUAGUUUAAUAUUGUUUAUAUGAACAGUCUUAGAGUAAGUGCUUUUUUGCAAUUAUUAUAUUUUUUUUGAGUUCCAAAUAUUUAUUUUCGUUUAGGCUAUUUAGAGCGAAACUUUUUAGUUGUAUUUGAUUUGUAAAAAAAUCCUCGCGGUUUUACUAAUUUGAGUUUAUAUUAUUGUGAAUAUUUGGAACAUUAAAUAUAUUUUUUUAAACCGAUUUGUGCUUUGGAAAAAAUAUAUUACGCUUUAUUUUAAUGCGGCAGCUUUUCAAAAACGGUUUUGGUGUAUAUGAAAAAGAUUUUGUUUGGAUUUAUCGAGGUGAUUAUGUUAAAAUUGAGAGAAAAAUUUGAAAAAAAAGAGCUUUUACUUUAUGUUUUUUUACCAGGUGUAGGGACCAAUGAAAGAAAAACAAGUUAACCAAUAAAGUAGAGUCGAUUUGGCUUUACUUUUUUCCACAGAAAAACAAUACUCAAAUUAAUCGUGAUUUGUGAUUUAUAUUUACCAUUUUUUUGUCAUAGAUAGUUUCUCUGAUUUGAUAUUAGUUUGUAAAGUAUUUACAUUUGCUCCCGAUAUUAUUUGUUAUAAUUUUUUCUUUAAUAGAUAUAUAUUUUUAUAUUGAAGCUUACAGGUAGUGGUAGACAUUUUCCAAUAAAUCUUUUUAUUAAAA